GUUCUUCACAGCAGAAGACAAAGAGGUGGAGGGGUUUAUGACCAUCAGAUUAUGGAUGCUAAAUCUUUCACUCUGAGAGUUGGAGUUGUAGGAUAUGGACAUUUAGGGCAGUUCCUGGUGGACAGACUCCUCAAAGCUGGACCUGGCCUUGGUUUGGUUCUAGGUUUUGUCUGGAACAGGAAUCCUGACAAGCUCAAGGGUUCAGUCCCCGCUGAACUAAUACUAGAUGACCUGUCAUCCUUUGCCAACAGGCGCUGCGAUGUGAUUGUAGAGGUCUGCCAUCCACAGAUCGUGAGAGAUUUCGGGAUUGAUUUCCUCUCUAAGUCCCACUUCAUGGUGGGCUCUCCGUCUGCCCUCGCCGAUCAUGAUCUGAACGAAAAGCUGCGGCAGGCAUCUCUCCAACAUGAACGGACGCUUUAUAUCCCCAGUGGUGCAUUAUGGGGAGGCCAGGACAUCCAAAGAAUGAAUGAUAGCGGGACUUUAAAGGCUUUGUUUAUAAGAAUGUCCAAGCAUCCAUCGUGCUAUCGGCUGACAGGAGACAUCCUCAGUGACUGGUCAGAGGGAGAAGGCAGGCGGGUUUUAUUCAGAGGCUCAGUAGCAGACUUGUGUCCUCUCGCUCCUAACAAUGUCAACACCAUGGCAGCAGCAGCUGUGGCCGCUGGGUCGCUCGGUUUUACAGGUGUGCAGGGAGAGAUCGUAUCAGACACAGCGUUGAAAGACUUUCAUGUGGUGGAGGUGGAGGUGACUGGGCCUGAUGGUUUCUCAGUGCACACAGUGAGGAGGAACCCAGCCAAACUCGGAGCUGUGACUGGCAGUGCAACCUACAACUCCUUCUGGAACAGCUUACUCGUUUGCAGAGGUCAUGGCGGCAGAGUUUACUUGUGCUGAAAGUUGGACGAAGACCAUAGAGGAUCACCUGCACUGUAGGAGAAGGAUCCCCGACCAAAUCCCAGAUAAAUUAAAGAGCUGAGGGUGGAUACGCGCAAUGGACCUCUUCAGCACUGCAAACUUCAAUCAACUGAAUACUCAGUAUAAAACAAGAGGCAGAAAUCAUUGGUAAAAUACUAACCGAUAUAGAUCUUCCCAUUUUAUUUUUAGUUUAACAGGUGCAACACUGGAGCAAACAAUAUAAUUCAUACAGAGGAGUGACAGAGACAGGACAUCCCUGGUAAAGACCAUCAUCCAACCUUCAUCUUGCUUCACAAAUAAAGCACAACGCUUCUUUUACCACUUUCACAAACAAGUACUUCCUUAAACAAGAUCAACAAAUCUCCACACAAGUGCAUAUGUUGAUGUUUUAACGGAUGUAAAAAUGUGGCUCAUUAGCGACCGUCGGAAAACCUAUACAAUAAGGCAAAAAAAAA